AAAUGGCAGACAAUGCAUCAUUCAUGCUCCGCCAUCGUGACUGAGUGGCUCACAUCCACUAGUUGCUUCCACGAGACGUACGUGUAUCAUGUAUGAACUCCGCAAACGUCUGUUUACAUCAAGCGUCUGUCCACAACUUCUUGAAGCGUAUGUCCACUGCAAAGAACAAUGGCAGGUCCACAGUCCUCAGGCCUCAGAAAUCGUAUAUAUAUCAGCACGAAUGCCUACCUAGCAUCAUCAUCACUCCAAGGAGAACCAGUAUUCACCUCAGACAGAAUCGAGUAGUACUCCGCUCAUAUUCUUAUAUUCCUCUACAAUCAGUCAUUCCAAGAUGCCUGUCAGAAAGAACUAUGUUUGCUCUGCUCAAGCUGGCUGCAACAAAACUUUUGCUAAAUGGACCGAACUCAAGAGACAUGAGGCCGCACAUUCAUACCAUUCAUAUGUAUGUGGCUUUGCCGGAUGUGAUUUUGUAACGUUGUCAAAACCCAGCUUCAGAAUCCACACCGACAGGCACAAUGGCAAACAGCGGUACGUCUGUCCUCAACAAUGUGGCUACAAGACCCACAACCCUGCCGCCCUGACGCGCCACCGCAAGGCAAAACAUGGACAUGUUCCUCAGCCGCGCCACCCACGUCGCAGUGCAUCUCCCACGAUCUCACUGACUUCAUUCCAGCCCCAGCCGCAAAUUCAGCCGCAGCCGCAGCCCCGACCCCAGCCGCAGCCGCAGCUUCAGCUUCAGCCCCAGCAGCCCCCUGCUUUCAACCAACCUCACCAAAACAACAACAACAUGUUGGGAGUCUUACAUGCUAGGCCUAACAAUAUGCAGGCCUACAACGCGCCCGCGAGGCCCGCCCCUGCUAAUGGGUGGCAGCUCCCCGCCGCACCUGCGUAUUAUCAGUAUAACCACUAUGCCCCAGCAGGUGUCCAGAACCCCUACGGCUUGUAUGCCGCGCCCGCGGCGGGUGCCAAUGGGUGGGCUGCGGGCUACCCGGGUCAUCCGUACAGGCAAUAUUAGUCCGCAUGAAAUCAAUAAUCGUUUUUCUUCCUUUUUUCUCGACUCAAUGGACGCAAAUGCUGUCAAGGACUUGGUUUCUCGUAGGAAGGCUCGAAAAUGGGCAAAUUCAUGGACAGGAGGAGGAAGACAACUUACAGCAGACGACCGUCGGACCUCAUAUAUGCACUCUCCGAUGGGUUGUGGACAAGUUGUAAGGAAUAUUCUGCGGGUCAGAUAUUAUAUAAAUGCCGUCGUGUCGAAUUCUGUUAUCACUAUGCAAAGUUGUAAUCAUAAUCACUUGGACUUCAAUGCUGUCGU